AGCUAUAAAAGGGACAAAGCUUAAGUGUAGGCUUAACUCAACAAAGUAGUUAUAAAACAGACGAAAGUUGUUAAUAUCCUACCAAAAUGAGCACGAUAUAGUUGUAGAAUCUAUCCUAUAUUGCUACUAAAGUGUAAAAGUUACUUGUAGCACAGAAGCCGCGUGCCCUCAAACUAGCUUUAAAAGGAACAGGCUUUACAAAGCACAUGUAAGUAUCUAGGAUAAACUCAGCCACUGACGUACAAAAUAGACCGACUAUUCCAUCAAAACUGACAGCUCCUAGCCGUAAACAGAGUUGUGGCAGCUUUUCGAGGCCAUUACAUGGUUAUUUUUGUUGACCUGCCGUUGCUUAAGGCAGUUGUUACGAUGUAAUGAUGAGUCGGUGUGACGCUUCCCUUGCUAAUUAGCUCCGUCCUAUUCCAGCCACAUCCCGGCUGUACCAUUGUUAUACUGCCCCGUGACCGUACCGGACAACCGAGGCCCCCGUCUGGCUGGGUUUAGCACCCGAGCGUAGUAAUCUCAUUUAGGGUGAUGCAUGUGGCCGCUUUAUCUGCCACUAACCAAGGUUAUUCCACUGUCUGGAUUGUAAAGAUACGUUGUUUGAUUAAUGGGGGGGAGGCGAGCGGGUUUCUCACCCCAACUCCGCACAGUGUUAGGCCAUAAAUCAACAUUUUGUCUAUCUCUCUUUCCUCGUUUUGCAGCGUGUCAGAGGAAAGCUUAUCAGGACCACGGCCGACCCGCAGCAGCCAACUCAGCGUGUAAGCGGAAAGAACAAGAAGCUGCGAAGCCGCCCGAGCAGAAAGGUCCGAAGAAGCCCCGGCUAGUGUUCACUGACCUGCAGCGGCGGACGCUGCACGCCAUCUUCAAGGAGAACAAGAGGCCUUCUAAGGAGAUGCAGGCGCAGAUCGCCAAGCAGCUGGGCCUCGAUCUGAGUACCGUCUGCAACUUCUUCAUGAACGCUAGGCGGCGCUCGCAGGACAAGUGGCAGGAGGACGAAGGGAAGAGCGCGGGCUCCUCAAGCAACGGCUCCACACCGACUAGCUGUACGAAAUAGAGCCAUCUGCAAGCCUGCUCACCCCUGUUCUUUCGGAAUGGAUCAAUCCAGUUUGGUAGUUGAGCCGAACGAUGUGGAACAAGCUACUACUUGAUAAGGGGAGACCAGGCUUACAGACGUCAUUUCCAACAAAGUGUGACCCUCAAAGCCACACACCUUCCUUUUUGACAUGCAUAAUCAUGUGAUCUUCUGCGCAAGGUAUUGUGGGUGAAGACGUUAUGCAAAUGUAUGCAAAUGAGCCACUUACCAAUCACUGGCCAUCCUCUGCUUAUGGUGUUCAGAAGUAGCUACGGUCAAACGCGAAAAAAAAACGAGGCAAAAGGGCAAGGCAUUCCCAUCACCUUCUUUCCUCCUUAUUUUCUCAUCCAAUCAAGAAGUGAUUUAGAAUUUGAAAUAGCCAAUGGGUGUACAGAUAAGUUGUCUUCCAUGUUUCAUGCUGCUUGAACGGAUUUAGUAUCGCUUACGCCAUUGGCUGAAAACUCAUCAUGCUCAUUCUACGUU